UAGUAUAUUAUUUGUGAUUCAUAGAAUUUUUGUUUGCUGAUCUCAUCAUUUAGGAAAAAUCCAAGAUUUCUCUUCUGGGUAUUGGUUGUAUUUUUCUGUUACUUGACUGUUAGAUUCGUGGGUUGUAUUCUAUGUCUGUCCUCUCUUUCUGUGAACUUCAGAUUUAUGUAAUGUAAAUAAAUUUCUUGGGAACUCAGUUAGGCAUACUUUGGGAUUUGUGUUUCUUGGUAUUUCUUGUUUUUUCUUGUUCUGUUUUAUUUUUGAUUGAUUGGUUCACAUCUACUAUAUAAGUCAACCACUCUCACUUAAGAGAUUCCUUGCAAACCCAGAAAUAGUUUGGGAUUGGUGUCUCUGGGUCUUAUUUGUUUUUGUUCUUUUUGAUUGAUUGAUUGAUUUAUGGGUAAUUCCUUGUUCUCCGUACUUUGCUUGUCAUUCCUUUUCUGGGGGAUUUGUUAUUCUUUGUCUGAUCACGAGAGAGACAGGAUCAAAAAUUUGCCAGGGCAGCCAACCGAUGUUGGCUUUGCUCAGUACUCUGGUUAUGUGACAGUAAACCAGCAAGCUGGGAGGGCAUUGUUUUACUGGUUGGUUGAGGCUCCAGCGAGUCGCCGAGCUGAGUCAAGGCCACUCGUGUUGUGGCUCAAUGGAGGGCCUGGUUGUUCUUCCAUAGCUUAUGGAGCUUCUGAAGAGCUUGGACCUUUCCGAAUUCGUUCUGAUGGGAAGAAUCUUUACCUAAAUCCUUAUGCUUGGAAUACUUUGGCAAAUUUGCUUUUCCUUGAAUCACCAGCUGGUGUAGGUUUUUCAUAUUCGAAUACAACAUCAGAUUUAUAUAAUGUAGGUGACCAGAAAACAGCUGAAGAUGCAUACACAUUUCUAGUUGAAUGGUUUGAAAGGUUUCCACAAUACAAGUAUAGAGAUUUUUACAUUGCUGGAGAAAGUUAUGCAGGUCAUUAUGUUCCCCAGUUGUCUCAACUUGUUUACGAAAGAAAUAAGGGAAUUAAGAAUCCGGUUAUUAAUUUCAAAGGUUUCUUGGUGGGGAAUGCUGUUACUGAUGAUUACCAUGAUUAUAUUGGCACGUUUGAGUACUGGUGGACUCAUGGUUUGAUUUCAGAUUCUACCUACAAACUUCUUGGAUUAGCCUGUGACUUUGGAUCCUCUCAGCAUCCAUCAAAUUAUUGCAUAGAGGCUCUGACGCUUGCAAACAAGGAGCAAGGACACAUCGACCUGUAUAGCAUUUUCACGCCCACUUGCAAUAUUACUUCAUCACCGAACCGUAACUUAAGGGGACAUUAUCCAUGGAUGUCGAGAGCAUAUGACCCGUGCACAGAGAGAUAUUCAGAAGUGUACUACAAUCGCCCAGAAGUUCAAAAGGCACUUCAUGCCAAUGUGUCGGGUGUUAUUAGCUAUCCAUGGAAAACAUGCAGCAAAAUUGUUUACGACAACUGGGGUGAUUCUCCAUUAUCCAUGCUUCCUAUUUACCGAGAACUAAUAGCAGCUGGCCUCAGGAUAUGGGUAUUCAGCGGAGACACUGAUGGUGUGGUUCCUCUGACUGCAACUCGACGCUCCAUUGAUGCCUUGAAGCUUCCAACUAUUACCAACUGGUACCCGUGGUAUGACAACGGAAAGGUUGGUGGCUGGAGCCAAAUAUACAAAGGACUGACUCUUGUGACAGUAACCGGAGCAGGACAUGAGGUUCCCCUUCAUCGCCCUCGACAAGCUUUUAUUCUUUUCAGAUCAUUUUUAGAGAACAAGCCCAUGCCAAGCUAAAACCUACUUGGCCUGGCUUAUCUAAUUCACAACAAAUAAAGAGAAAAUUAGUAGAAAUCUUGAUUUAUUGGGGUUGAAAAAGAACGGUAUGAGAGGAGAACUGUUCUCCCUCGACACCACUUUUCAGUCUUAGUUUACCAUUGAUGAUUGCUCGGGGAUUAUGGAAGGAACGAAAAUUGUUGGAAGAUUUGAAUAAUCGGAGACAGGAGUGGUUUUUGAUUUUCAAUAUAUUUUUUAAAAUUUAUAAAUCAUGUAAAUGUAAUUUAUACAGUGUCUUAAGGUUUGUCAUUGAACACAUUAUUGAGCAUUACUUGUUCUAAAGCUUCUAGAUUGGUGAAAUGUACCUGUUUGAUUAAGCAUCAUGGAUGUAUUUUCUCUUUCAUAAAUGCAGAAGUGUAAGUCCAUAUA